AUGCCUUAUGUCCUCCAAAGUCUACUUCUACUCCUCAGUCCGACCAUGUUGGCAGCUUCUAUCUAUAUGUCACUUGGAAGACUCAUCAAAUCCCUCGAGGCCGACUCUUACUCACUGGUCCUGAUUGAAUUUUUGACAAAGACCUUUGUUAUUGGUGAUGUUAUUUCCUUUCUGGCACAGUCUGCGGAUAAUAUGCUGGCCAAGGCCAAAUUCAAGGGUGACCAGAAGAUGGGACAGAACAUCAUCAUCGUUGGCCUUGCUGUCCAAAUCUACUUCUUCGCAUUCUUCAUCACCAUUCUUCAUAUCUUCCAUCGCCAAAUUACGGCCAAUCCGACCAGCAAAAGUCUUUCUUCAAUCUCCCCCUGGAAACAAUUUGUCCUCGUUCUCUACGUUGAUAGUGGUCUGAUCAUGAUCCGAUCUCUUUUCCGUUUGGUUGAGUACAUCACCGGAUCGAACGGCGCAUUGCAGUCAACUGAAACAUAUAUUUAUGUGUUUGACGCUUCGAUGAUCUUCGUCACCGUUGCUCUUUUCGAUCUUGUUCACCCGGGACGAGCGAUAAGAACUCCUAGAGAACCGAUACAGACGUUUCAUAUAUGCAAUGACUUAGCAAGCAUUCCUUUACAAAACAAGAGCCACUUGUCGCCUUCCAUUGUCCAGCAACCUUUCACCAUGUCCGACCGUCAUCACUAUCGCUAUCUACAAGAACAUCCAAUGGCUCAGCACCCCCCUCAAAAUCAUACAGACUCCCUUGACCAGUACAACUACCCCUCCUACUCAAUUUCACCUGGUCGAUUUCACGGUCAGGUUUGA